UUAAAAAGCCUACUAAAAAUGGCGGGAAUUGACAAUACUUCAUUAACCGAACAAUCGAGCAAGUAAAUCAACUGAGCAAAACACUAAAAAGGAAAAUCAAAAUGUCAAAAGAGAAAGCGCCGGCGGCAACGGCGGUGGUGGAGGCGGCGGCGCCGGAGGCAGAGGAGUUGCCGAAAACGAUCGUACGGCGAGUCGUGAAAGAGAAGCUCUCUGAGAUUUCCACUGACGGCGGCGAUGUUACUCUUCACAAGGAAGCUCUCAUUGCCUUCUCCGAAAGUGCUCGCAUCUUCAUCCACUAUCUAUCCGCCACGGCACACGACAUAUGCAGUGAUUCAAACAGGCAGAUUAUUAAUGCUGAUGAUGUGUUGAAUGCUCUCGAGGAAGUUGAGUUUUCUGAGUUUAUUGAACCACUGAGGGCCUCCCUUAAUGAAUUUAGGAAAAAAACUGCUGUAAAGAGAGCAGGGUCAGCAAAGGCAAAAGAAGAAAACAAGAAGAGGAAAGCAGAUGAAGAGACAGCUACGGAAAAUGGCAAAGCUGGAGAGACAGUUGUGGAAAAUGGUGAUGAUGAAGAGACAGCUGUGGAAAAUGGCGAAGAUGAAGAGGCGGUUGUGGAAAACGGAAAAGAUGAAGACAAUGAAGAUGAAGACGAAGACGAGGAGGAAGCUAGUGAAAACAAGGAUGAUUCUUAUGAUAGUUGAGUAUAAUUUCUGUAAUCCAUAGCACGUCAUGUCUGGCUGACCUUCCAGCUAACACAUGGUGUGACAUAAUUAGGGUAGAAUUACAGACAGAGCUGACUAGCAUGAAUGAAAUGUUACAUUAGUGUGCUCGAUGUUACUUUUCCUGUAUAACUAAGGGCACUAGUCUGAUGGGAGCUUAUAAUGUGUAUCCUCUGUUUAGGGGUGAAUUAUUACUGAAAUUCAGAUUUCAUAGAAAUUGUAACCUGUCAUUGCCUCAGUAAUCAAUUUUUGUUUGCUGUUAA